AGUUCAGCCAGGUGAAUGAAUCAGGUGACACGCCUUGACGCCCACGCACACCUGAGUGUUUCCACCUGUCGGGCCGUCAUUACCCUGACCCCACCCCACCCGCCCGACACCCCCCGGCCCCCUCCCUCCAACCCCACCCCAAACGCCCCCUCCGCCACCGCACUCUAUAAAUCUCCCCGGAGCGCGACCUCUGGCAGACUCGGCGACGACGCGUUACCCAGCAGAUUGCCUGAAAAGAGAAAUCCCGAGCAGACCUUCAGCCAUGGACAAGCAUUCGAAGUGCGGAGAGAAGGACAAGGACAAGCAUUGCAAGGGCAAGAAGAAGGAAGGGAGCUCCAGCUCGUCAUCUGACAGCGACGAUGGCAAGAAGGGACACAAGGAGCACAAGGAGCACAAAGAACACAAGGACCACAAGGAUCACAAGGACCACAAGGACCACAAGGACCACAAGGACAAGAAGUGCAAGGAUAAGUGCAAGAACUAGGACCCCCAGCGAGAGGGACCGGCCACGAGAACCCUACCACGUGGCCCCUCUGCGGAGUGGGCGCCCGGCCCACCACCCCCGCCCCCCCUGCUGGCUGCGCCCCCCCUUGUGUGACGUGGUGACCCUGGGUGAUGUCAAUGGAAUAAAUGUCAGUUAUUGAUA